CAACAGAUGUUCGACGUGGCUUUUUGCAAUUGCAGGCGCCCAUGGCGGGCAAUCGCACGAUUCAUGUCGGCGGUUUCCCUCUGGAGACGGAUGCGCAGACCUUGCUGACGACGUUCAGCACGUUUGGUGACAUUGUCGAUAUACAGCUACCGCCAGACCCUUCCAAGCCCGAGCAGCACCGUGGUUUUGGCUUUGUCGAGUUCAGAGAGGCGAACGAUGCGCUCGAUGCAAUGGACAAUAUGCAUCAGAAUGAGAUGCUAGGCAGGACCAUCAAAGUCACGCUGGCCAAGCCGUCCAAGGGCCAACAGAAUUUGGGAUCCAACAGAGCCAUCUGGGAAGACGAGGCCUGGCUCAAAGACAACGCAAAACCGCUCGCAUAGACUGCCACCUGCGUAUCUUGACAACAACAGUUAGUGUUGUACAUGUCUUCAUCACGUUCCGAAAUAGCGGUCUC